AUGGUCAACAAGAUGUUUGACCUGAAUGCCUUAGGGCCCAUCCGCAUAGCUCAGAUCCUCCUGCCCAAGAUGCUCGAAGCCGGAUCGGGCCGCUUCGUGGUUGUUUCCAGCAUGGCUGCAAAGAUACCGUCCCCGGGACAGGCACUGUACGCAG